UAAAAAUUAUAUUAAGAAAAGGAACACAACCUCUCGAUAAAAUAUCAGAAAUACAUUAUAAAAAUAGCAAAAAAACAUCCAUUUUUCUGUUUGAAACUAGAACGGAGAUCCAAUAAGGAAGUAUUGGUGUUUUUCAUCAUUUAGUUGAAGCAAAAGAGCAAAGAAUGAUUGAUGAUAGGAAGAAGAGAUAUCAGUGGUAGAGGAGAGUAAAACAACGGACUGUAGGUUCUAGAAAAUUUUCAUUGACAAUUCAAUUUGGAAGUUUAUUUAUUUAUCUUCUGGGUAUUAUGCUCUUACAAUCAUCAUGAUUCAUGAAAAGGACUGAUCAAGGACUUUGAGAGACCAACAAACUAUAGCAAUGGCGAGCAACAGUCAAAAUAUUUUGCCAAAAGAUUUGGCAAUUGAUAUUCUCACACUGUUGCCAGUUAAAAGUCUAAUGCGGUUCAAAUGUGUUUCCAAAUCUUGGUGUGCUACUAUAAGAAGUUCUGAUUUCAUUUCUCAGCACUUUAAGAAGAAAAACAGUUGUCAUCUCCUUGUUCACUAUUACGUCUCUCCAUAUGCUGAUGAUUUGGUUGAACUUUUCUUAGAUGAAACACUAGAAGAUCUAUCACAUCAGCACUUUGGUCUACCAAUCCCAUUUUCUAAGCUUCAUGGCCCUUGCAAUGGCAUAUUUUGUGUAAGUGAUGGAUCGUCUUAUGCUCUGUGGAAUCCUGCAACUAAGGAAUUACAACAUCUACCAGCUACACUAGCUAAGCCCAGCCUUCCUGUUCCAUUGACUUCUGGGGGAGAUAUUUGUGGAUUUGGGUUGGAUCCCAUAACUAACAAUUUCAAGGUGCUUGUUAUUCAAGGAUUUUUAUCUGAAUACCACUUUUUUGCCCAAGUUAUGUUGCACACUUUUGGCACUAAUGUUUGGAGAGAAUUAGAAAUAGGCCAAGAUUACUCUUUGCCCCAUGGUACAUUAAGUCAAGAUUACGUUGUCACUUCUAGUUCAUGUUACACAUUCUUGAAUGGAGUUCAUUAUUGGUUGGCAUCACACAACUUCGAUAAUAGGAUCCUUUCAUUUCAUAUGAGCAAUGAUGAGUUUCAAGAGAUCCAAGUGCCAUAUUAUUCGCUUUAUGCAACACAUGAGACCCUUGUAAUAUACCAUGACUCAAUAGCUUUGCUUCUUUAUGAGAUGACGAACAAUAUUUUAGAUAUAUGGGUAAUGAUGGAAGAUGGAUCUUGGAUCAAACAAAUUACGGUUGGACCUCUUCCUGAGUUACUUUAUCCAAUUGGGUAUUGGAAGAAUGAUCAACUUAUUCUAGAAUCUGACACUGGUCAAUUGAAAUUAUGCACUCCCAACACCCAAGAAGUCAAGGAACUUAGGCUGAAGGGUUCUCCUUUGUACUAUGGGGUUUUUAUUGUUAAAGAAAGCCUAGUUUCACUCAAUCACAGAGAUGAGCAGCCGCAAUAUGUGGAAGAUUAAAUGACCUUUUGCUAAGAUUUUGUGCUGUACUGUGAUUUCUAGAUAAUCUGAAAUGUGGUGCGAGUUUAUUUGUGUCGUUACUUCUGAGCUUGCUGUGAAUCUACUGAUGUAUAUGAGCAACAAAGUAAUGACGUUGGGAGGAUUGAUAGUUUUCUAAACCAACCAUUAUUGAGUCAGUUGAGUAUUUGUUUAUCUUUAUAAUUUAUCUAUAUUAUGUAAAAAUAUGGGAAUUGGGGAGAAUAAUAGGAUUUCCGAUGUCGCUCUCAAUAAAAUUUAAAAUAUCUUAAAACA